UGGCAAUAUGUCACCACGGCCUCUCUUUCCAGCAGUCCCCGUCCUGUUGGUAGGGCGCUUUCCGGUUUAAUGGCGGCUUUGGUGCUCAAGCGCUGGGGCUGAAGCCGAGGGAUGAAGCGGGAGAGACGUAGGGGGAAUGCGGCUUCGGAGCGGAAAAGAAGAGCUCAGGUGGCGGUACCGGAAGGGAUCAGAUCUGUGGGCUGUGCCGUGCAGCUGGGCCGAGAUGAGCGGAUCCAGGGCAUUGGCAAGACUGUGGGCACUGGGUACUGCCGUCUCUGUCAUGGCAAGUUCUCCUCUCGUAGCCUGCGCCAUGCUUUUGGGAAAGUGCCAGUGACAGGUCUGAGCUCAGAGAAGCAGAAGCGCCUGGACCAUGUGUUCUUUGCCGACUUCCAUCAACUGGUGGGUGUAUCUGUGCGUCAGGAUCCCGAGCUGCCGCAGUUUGUGUGCAAGCACUGCCAUGCUCAGUUUUACAAAUGUCGCAGUGUGCUGAGAACUUUCAUUCAGAAAGUAAACACUUCGCCUACCAACCCUCAUGGCAACAAAUCUGACAAAAUACAUGAUGUCAUCGGUUCUACCACAGGUCCCUGUGCAGAUUUAAUCACUUCAACUCCUGAAUGUCUACAUAGCCUGGUGAACUGGACACACAAACAUGCAGGAGGCUGCUCCUUCCUACCUAUACUGCAGAGGGUGAUGGCCACACAGUACUGUGGUAUUAUACAAGCAGUGUGGGAGUGUGGAGGGGGACAUGACUAUAUCAUGCAACCAGAUUCAGAUUGCAUCUCCUCACCUGCUCAACCAGAGGAGGAAAUGAGCCCCGAGCAGGGCUUAAGUGGCAAUGGAAUACACCGUAUUAACACAAGGACUAUACCUGAUUCAGAGUACAACCCCCCUGAUCGAAUAAACACCGCAUCUGUGCUUCUUGAUACCUGUGUUGUAGUAAAUCAUAUCACGCAAAACAGAACACCUUCUCCACCCUUGGCUGCUCCAGACUCAUCACAAGGUCAAGACUGCAGGAACUCUACUCUCGCCUCCAAUGACCACUCCAAAGAAGAUUGCAGCGACCUCUCAGAUGGAGAUUUCCAGAGCCAGGAGGAAGGAGAACCUGGACAGCAGCCGUCCUCAGAUGACUCCUUUGAACCAUGCAUAGCAAAGAGGAACCCUCAAAAGAAAAGAGAACCCAGAAAGUCCCAAAAGCUGACAGAAUUCAGAGAGAAAAAGAAGCCAGGUCCCAAACCAGGCUGGAAGAAAAUUAAGCGGGAACGGGAGGAACUGCCUACAAUUUAUAAGUGUCCUUACCAAGGCUGCACAGCUGUAUACAGAGGUGCUGACGGUAUGAAGAAACACAUUAAAGAACAUCACGAGGAAGUGCGGGAGCGACCAUGUCCACACCCUGGCUGCAACAAAGUAUUUAUGAUAGAUCGGUACCUUCAGAGGCACGUUAAGCUCAUUCACACAGAGGAGAGAAACCACAUCUGUGACCAGUGUGGACAAGCUUUCAAGCAACGGAAGCACCUCUCUGUGCAUCAGAUGAGACACUCUGGUGCCAAACCUUUACAAUGUGAAGUAUGUGGCUUUCAGUGCAGACAGAGAGCAUCGUUGAAGUACCACAUGACCAAGCACAAAGCUGAGGCAGAUUUGGAGUUUGCCUGUGACCAAUGUGCCAAACGCUUUGAGAAGGCUCAUAAUCUCAAUGUGCACAUGUCUAUGGUACAUCCACUUACACAGAGCCCAGCCAAGCAGCCAGAAACAGAGCCCGAUGCCCACUCAGGGACAACAGAAGAGCAAGUAUUGAAACCAGAACUGACACAGCAGCUCCCACCCUAAAAAAAUCGAAACACACACACACAGCAUUUUUUAAAAUUUAAAAAUUUUUGUAAAGUUUUAUUGUUUGUAUAAUAAGGCAUUGUCCUCUGUUAGACAUCUUGUUUUUACCAUGUUUUUAUAGUGACAAAGUAUAAAACAGACAGGAUUUGAUGGCAAAGAGACUUGAGGUUUUAUUUUUAUGCGUAAUCCUUACUGCUUUGUUGACCACAUAAUGCACAAUAGAGUCAAUCCCAAAAGAAAAGGAACUAUGUAACAAACAGUAUUUCUAUAGAAAUUUGAGUAUGAUUUCAGCCAUUCAUGACAUAGGUAGGAUGGAUAUUGUUAAAAUAAAUUAAACACAACAUAA